AUGGAGGAUCAUAAGCAGACGAGUUUCACGUUUGAGAUAGAUAACUUCUCCGAAAAGCAAUCUGUGAUAUCAUCAACAACAUUCUUAAGCGGCGGCUGCGAAUGGUAUGUUAAGGUUCAUCCCAAAGGAGAUCAUAUUGAUGAUCACUUGUCUAUGUACCUCUGCGUUGCGAAUCCAGAAUCAUUGCGGUUUGGAUGGAAAAGACGAGCUAGUUUUUCCAUCCAUCUACUUAAUCAAUCUGGCAAUGAGCUCUACAGAAAAGAUGAACCGUUUUGCCAAUUAUUCUGCGCUCAGUUCACAUUAAUGGGCUGGCCAAAGGCAGUGCCUCUUGAAACCCUUCAAGAAAAAGGGUUUCUAGAGAAUGAUAAACUGAUCGUAAAUGUCCUAGUAAAAGUAGCUCAAGUUGUUGAUGAAGGAUAUGUUACUGGGAAUGAGAUGUUCGAUGUCAAUGGUUUCCAAGUUCUUCUUCCUCAGGUGCCUUCAGUGAGUUGGAUUUUCGUGGAGCACCCUGACUUUGCAGUGAAGAUUAGACCAAAGAACCAAUGGGUGAAGACAACAUACAUGAAUAUCUCACUCGGUCUAAUCGAGACAUUGAACAAGCCUCUACAUAGCCUCACCGAGACUGAGCUAAGCAACGCUGAGAGCGACUUGAUCGACCUAACAGAAGCGGGCUUCGAGCUAGACUGGUUGAAGAUAAAGCUUGAUCAGGUUUCCUUGGAGAGGAAGAAAGAUAAUGCUGAUGGUUUUCGAGUCCAAGAACUCGUAGAACACAUCAAUAAUCUCAAAGUUGAACUGAACAAGGAGCAAACCAAGUCUGCUGCUAAAAUUUUAUCAUUGGAGAAGACAGUGUCGCAUCUCAAAGAUGAGCGCAAGAAGAUUGCCAAAUCACUCUAA